UAACUACUCCACCUAAACCCUAGGAUAGCUGAGUAGGUGGGGUCUCGAAUAUCUUAACAAAACAUAGAUUCCAAGUUUAGUACAUCACUUUUGCCUCACCAUGUGCGCCAGUUCUCACCGCUUUGAUGGCCAAGCGCUAGAAAGACCAGAAUUAUGCAAUUCAUAGCAAUUGGACUGCUCUCGACUGCCACCUGUCUCAAUCACUAUCUGAUCUUAAAUGUUUUGCACUCCUAUUUAAACAUACUAAACUUUUCAAUUCAAAGCUAAAAUCCCGACUGUUGCAGCCAUGGAGCUUCUGUGACUGUCCUUUCAAUUUCUCAGACUUUGUUUACUUUUCAGCCGCAGCAGGUUUCGAGUCAUUUCACAAUGGAUCAGGUUUCUAUAAGUGCAAGUCAGUUCCAUGCAUUGACAACACACAAUGUCAAAAUAGUUCAACCAGGUGAAGGCAUCAAUUUAUGGUUUUUUGGAAUACUGGUUACAUUGAAAGUUCUUGCAAAUGAAACUGGGAAUUCUUACUCCCUAUUUGAAGUGACAGUCCCUCCUGGAUAUGGUCUGCCCAAACACAUUCGAACACAAGAAGAUGAGAACUACUACAUGCUUGAUGGUGAAUUAAUUUGGAUAGUUGGAGACCAGGAGUUUUAUGCUACUAAGGGUUCCUUUGCUCAUCUUCCUCGAUUUGUUCCUCAUACAUUUAAAAACAAAACAAACAGAACUGCAUAUAUGUUGUGCUCGUGUCAACCUGGUGGUUUUGAGAAAUAUCUCCUGGAGUUUGGUAAAAUGCAAUCAGCUUCAGAUUACAUGCCAUCUGAAUAUACUGAUAAUGAAAUUGAUCUGGCUUAUAAGAUGGCUGAGGAGUAUGGAAUUCUGUUUGUAGGCCAUCAAGAAAAUACAGAUAACACUUUGUCUGCAUAGUCUCAUUUAAAACAGGCCCUAAUGGAUCUUGUGCUAAAGAAUUUCUUUUCCUUCGUUCUUUCAGGCUUUCAAUAUCUCAUUUCUAAGUCCCUCGUUUUAUUUUACUAAUGUAUAUCUAUGUUCCUCUUAUUUGUAACAAAUGUCUUUUCUUAUACAAGACUUAAGCCAUAUUCUCCUGGAAGUAUACAAUUCAGAGGCAAAGGAUGUAGAACUCAAAAGCAUUUUUGAAUUAAGACACAGGUGUUUGGUAGAA